AACAUGGCGCCGACCAGAAAGCGCAACGUGAGUUCCUUAAAAUCAACAGAACAACGUGUAAAAACUGCUAAAAUCCAGCUGGACGGCAAAGUGGAGCAGAUCCUGGAGAGCAGGAAACAUGCGAACGAUGUUUUCGACCUUCUGGAGUUUCUUCAGUCAGAGAAAGAGAAGGAUGUCAUCAGUGCUGUGGGUUCCUGCAGUAAACUGUUCUGCAGCUUGCUGGAGAGGAAGGACCUGUUCAUGGGGAAGCUGCCCGGGGAAGAGGAGGCGCUGAGCGGAGGGUAUAGUCCCGAGGAGAAGUACCGCAUCUUCAUGAGACACCGAUACAACAGUUGUGUGGAGAUCCUGCUGGAACAUCUCAGCCACGAAGCUCACAGCGUCAAGGAGACCGCUCUGUGCUGCCUGAUGAAGUUCGCUGCAGGAGAAGGACAACAUCCUCUGGAGGACUUGGACUGGAGUGAACAUUACACCUUCCCGAGAGAACUCAUCCAGACAGUGAUUGACAGACUGCUGUCCAAAACUGCAGACAACUCCCUGCUGAUCUCCAGUUUUCAGGAAUUCAUUGAGAUGGAGGACGUACGUUAUUACGCCAUGAGCUCCAUUCGUGACUGUGUGGGGAAAGUCAUGGACAAAAACAAAGGGGCCUUGAUGCCCGUGUUCCAGAACAAUGCGUUCACCCUCAUGUCCAACAUCAGCAUUCCGAGCCAGGAGUCGGAGCUCACCAACUUUAUGGUCAAACAGGAAGCUAAGCAUGAAGACUGGAAAGCUGCCAAACUCACUGAGCAGAAGCGUGUGUUUGAGAGGAUGUGGCUCGGCUUUCUCAAGUACAAGUUGCCGAGCAGCAUGUAUAAAAACAUUUUGGUGAUUCUUCAUGACUCCAUCUUGCCCCACAUGAGUAAACCCACGCUGAUGAUUGACUUCUUGACUGCUGCCUAUGACGUCGGUGGAGCCAUCAGCCUGUUGGCCCUCAAUGGCCUUUUCGUCCUCAUUCAUCAACACAACCUGGAUUAUCCUGAUUUCUACAAGAAGUUGUAUAAUCUGCUUGAGCCCUCAAUCUUCCACGUGAAGUACAGAGCACGGUUUUUCUACCUAAUCAACCUCUUCCUUAGCUCCAGUCACUUACCAGUGUAUCUAGUGGCAGCCUUUGCCAAGCGCCUGGCCCGUUUGGCUCUCACUGCACCACCUGCAGCCCUCCUCAUCGUGCUGCCCUUCAUCUACAACCUGAUCCGUCGCCACCCGUCUUGCAGAGUCCUGAUUCACAAGCCCAACACAGAGGAUGAAACUCCGGAGGACCCAUAUCUAAUGGAUGAAGAGGACCCUGCUCAGAGCUGUGCCUUAGAGAGCAGCUUGUGGGAAAUUAAGACUUUGCAGCAGCAUUACCAUCCUGACGUGGCCAAAGCUGCCUUGAUGAUCAACACGCCCCUUUCAGCAAAAGAGGAGGACAUCACCGAUGUGCUGGAGUUGACAACGUUUGAGCUGAUGGAGAGAGACCUGAAGCAGACCCAGACCAAGACUGUCCCACUGGAGUUUGAGACUGCCUCACAGUUACUACAAGGGGGAGGAGAUGUGUUAGGGCAGCACUUCUGUCUGAAUUAAAGAGCUUAUAUUUACAAUGUAGUAUCACAGUUUAGACUCAACUGUAAAUCUGGACACACUCUCCUUCAGAAAUCAUAAAUCAUGAAUGCCCUUUUUAGAGCAACGACCGGUGAGAAGACAAACUGAAUUGUCUCUGAUCUGGAGUUUUUCUUCAUGACCCCUAAUGUCCUAAAUGUUUGACUGU